AUGGCGACGUCCGAAUCCUCGCUGGCUUACCAUGAGCCUGCUAUCACCACAGUCAUCGUCCUCUCCGGCUUCCUCCUACUUCUCAACAGCGUAAACUAUGGCCUCGACAAGCUCGUAUACUGUGGUCUUAUUGGACAGGUGUUUCUCGGUAUCGCUUGGGGCACGCCCGGUGCCAAGUGGCUGUCUGAAGAGAUGGAGCACUCGAUCGUGCAGCUCGGCUACCUUGGCUUGAUCUUGAUCGUCUUUGAAGGUGGCCUCUCCACAUCGUUCAAGUCUCUCAAAGCAAACCUACUUCUCUCCAUCGGCGUCGCCGUGACUGGCAUCGCCAUCCCCAUCGGCCUCUCCUUCACGCUCAGCUCCAUGGUCGGCGCGACCCCGCUGCAGGCCUUUGCCGCCGGCGCCGCGCUCUGCUCAACUAGCUUGGGUACCACCUUUACAGUCCUCGGCACUAGCGGUCUGACGACGACACGUAUGGGCGUCGUAUUGACCAGCGCAGCCAUGAUGGACGACGUUAUCGGGCUGAUCAUGGUCCAAGUCGUCUCGAACCUCGGCGGCGGCAACGACUUCAACGCCGUCACAGUGGUCCGGCCGGUCCUUGUUUCGUUAGGUUUCGCGGCGCUACUGCCGGCGGUAUGUAAAUUUGCCGUGGGGCCGAUUACGCUUCGGUUGAAUGCGAUUCGUGAGAAGAGCCCCGGUUCGAGACUAGAUCAACUCAUGCGGUUACGGCAGACUGCACUUGUCAUUCAUACGUGUUGGCUGUUUGGGCUGGUAGUUGGAGGAGCAUUUGCUGGAACCUCGAGCUUGCUUGCCGCGUACGUUGCCGGUGCGACCAUCAGUUGGUGGGAUAGUGAGGUGCCUCACCUUGAAGCUCGCGCCGACGACAAGAAGGCUCCUAUAGCAGGGCCUUCCUCUGUGACAGCCCAUCAGAAAGCGGUGAAGCCCGACUUAUCCGCAGAGGCGAGUGCCGCAACUUCAGCAGCGGCCGCUUCAACCCCGGGUGUCGGCGAUCCAGACACCUACAACUCGGGUAUGGAGAUUUAUGACCGGUACUACGGCAAAGCCGUCGAGCAUGUUCUGAAACCAUUCUUCUUCGCAUCCAUCGGUUUCUCUGUCCCCAUCACGAGAUUGUUUUCUGGUCCUAUCCUGUGGCGUGGAGUCGUGUACACCAUACUGAUGAUGUUAGGCAAGAUGCUCUGCGGCGUGUGGCUGCUGUCCUUUGCAAGUCCCCUUCAAGCGGUGCAGCGGGUCACCAAAAGGAUUUCCGGCGCGGGCAAGAAGCAGUCUAAGAAGCUUGCUCCUGGAGCGCAGUGCGCGGGGACUGGGAUGGAUGCGCCCCCGAAUGACGACGAUACACAGCCACAGCGAGGGCAACAGCAUCUCGGGCAGAAUGGCCAGGCCGGAGAGGUGCCUCUCUGGCCUCUCAACUCUAUACAAGCCGGUAAUCCUCCGAGGAACGCAUCUCCGGAGCCUAAAAUGCCCGUCUCUGUAUACCCGGCCUGCAUCCUCGGUUUCGCAAUGAUCGCACGUGGUGAGAUUGGCUACCUGAUCUCGGCGUUGGCCGAGAGCACCGGCAUUUUCGGCGGCGGAACGGGUGCCCCGAUCAACCCUCCGAGAUGUUUCUAA